AUGAGAUUGAGAAAGGGAAGUAAAGUUGAGAUCCCUGGCAAUACUGAUGGACUUAGUGUGGAAUGGCGAUGCGCACGAAUAAUUUCUGGUAAUGGGCACACCUACAGUGUCCAAUACGACCGUGCUAGCACAAUAAGCGAGGCCAGCAUAGAGAGAGUUUCAAGGAAGGCCAUCAGACCAUCCCCCCCUCUUAUUAAAGGUAUUGAGAGUUGGGCUGCAAAUGAUCAUGUGGAGGUUUACAAUUUUGGUUCUUGGAGAGCUGCUACAGUUUUGAAAUUCAUUGAUGGAGACUUCUACUUCGUAAGGUUGUGGGUAUCUUGCAAAGAGUUGACUGUUCGCAGAGUAAACAUGAGGGCGCGCCAGACUUUGCAAAAUGGUCAAUGGGUUGUCAUGUCAAAGGGAUCUGGCAAGUCUCCAGUUGGAAAGUCUAGCUUGAUUUCAAACAGUUCCAAAGAUCAGCCUGAAAAUAUGAGCAGGACUUUUUUUUCUCCAGGAUUAGAUGCCAGCGGUCACCAGGAACCUUGCCUGGCCUCAUCUUCAAGAUUGAAGAGAAUGGCCCCUUUUGUCUCCUCUCCUAUCGACUCGUAUCCCAGAAAAUUAAGGGCUGUUUCGAAUAUGGGUGAGUGUGAAAGAUUCAAAGAUGUAACCACAGUCCCCUUGCUGCAAAAGGUAUAUGCUGUUGCUUACCCACAAAAUAAUAUGGGUGAAAAAUGCAUGCAUACUUCCUUUACUAACGGUACCAACAAAUAUUAUGAAACAGGAAAGGAGAAUCAUAAUAAUGUUUCAACACACUUUCUUGAACGAAUUGAAGAACCUGUUUAUUCUAGUAGUGAUCUGAGUUCUGUUGGCAGUUGUAGUGUGAUAAGUAGUAACUCAAAUAAAAUUUCCAGUGAUACCUUAGCAGGUUCUUGCCAGGAUGAAGAUAUCCUUUGCAGUGAUGCAGAAUCUCUAGAUGUUAGAGAUGUGGAUAAAGGAUGCUCCACUUCUCCCAAUGAGGUUGUAGCAGAAAGAAUUCAUAGGUUAGAGUUGGAUGCAUACCACAGUACCCUAGAAGUCAUGUAUGCCUCUGGUUCUUUAAGUUGGGAACAAGAAGAAUUGUUGACUAACCUUCGUAUUUCACUAAAUAUUUCAAAUGAUGAACAUUUGAUGGAGAUAAAGAACUUAGGUUCAUCUGGUCAGAAUUUUUAA